UUAAUAACUCCAAGAGAUAAGCUACAAAGUAAGUCCCUACGACCUCACACUACUCUUUUCUUGUGCUGCUUCAUUCUCCUCCUCUCUCUCUCUCUUCAUGUCUGUUGAACCUAAAGAACUUUACUACCAGGACCUUGUCCUAGACCACAACCAACAAGGCACAGGAGGAUCCAAUAGUAACACCAUGUUCCAAAAGCACUUUUCCUCUUCCUUGAUUCCUUCAGGUUCAACACCCUAUGAGUCACAAGCCUUUGAUCCCUCUUAUUUGAGCUUCACCGAGUGUUUGCAAGGGGGCAUGGACUACAAUUCACUUGCAACAUCUUUUGGCCUUUCUCCUUCUUCAUCUGAGGUUUUUUCAUCUGUUGAAGGCAACCAAAAGGUAGCAGCAACAGAAGGAGGAGAUGUAGGUAGAGGUGGUGGUAGUGGUGCCAGUGAAACCCUUGCGACCCUUAACUCGUCUAUCUCUUCUUCAUCUUCUGAAGCUGGGGCUGAGGAAGAUUCAGGAAAGAGCAAAAAAGAUAGGCAAGUGAAAGCAGAAGAUCAAGGAGGAGAAAACUCUAAUAAGAAAGGGAACAAGGAUAAGAAGAAAGGAGAGAAGAAGCAGAAGGAGCCAAGGUUUGCCUUCAUGACCAAGAGUGAGGUUGAUCACCUUGAAGAUGGAUACAGAUGGAGAAAAUAUGGACAAAAAGCUGUCAAAAAUAGCCCUUACCCGAGGAGCUACUACAGGUGCACUACCCAGAAGUGCACAGUGAAGAAACGCGUGGAGAGGUCCUUUCAAGACCCAACCACUGUGAUAACAACGUAUGAAGGUCAGCACAACCAUCCGGUCCCCACAUCGCUGAGAGGGAAUGCGGGCGCAGGAAUGUUCACACCUUCUUUGCUAGCCGCACCAACUCCACUCGCAGCCGGGUCAAACUUCCCUCAAGAUCUCUUCCUUCACAUGCAUCACCAUCAUCACAUUCACAACACUCUCUUCAACACACAAUCAACAAACCCUACUACUAUUACUACUACUCCCUCCAACAUUUACUCUUCACACCCCAGUAACAUUGUUAACAACUCUCUUCUUCAAAACCAGUUUCUUCCUGAUCAAUAUGGCCUCCUUCAAGACAUAGUCCCUUCCAUCUUCCACAACAAGACCCACCACAAUUAAUGUUCCAUAUCCAUGCAUGUAACUCCAUCUCUCUCUAUGGCUAUAUAUAUUUAUAUAUCAUCAUAUCUAUAUAUAUCGGUUUUGGACUUGUUUUUGGUCCACUUUGUAAAUAUAUAUAGUUAAUUUGCUGAGAUAGUUUUGUUGAUUAGUUAUGUGAUUCUGAUUCUGACUCUUCACGAUACGUGUUUAAUUAGGCGCACAAGUACUACUUGUUAGAAACAAGAUCUUUUAGUAUCAUCAUAUGUGUGUCCAUGCAGACCAUUUGGGAUUUUCGCAUCCAAUGGCUACUGUGACGAUAUUGAUCUCAUUGCAAUAUAUAACUUGAUGAUGAUGAGUUGGAAGACAUUAAAUUAUUAAUAUAACUCUCCAUUUUGUUUUCCUCUUGAA